AUGUCUAUCACUGUGUCAUAUCUUUUUCGAGUCAUUUUUCAUGUAAUUAUCGCGGUGGACACAUUUACAUUGUUGGGAAAUGUUACAGUUAUAAUCUACACAGUUUUGUUGAGUAAAGAAAAGACAGCGACAUCUUACUUGAUAGCAAACUUGGCAUUCACAGAUCUUCUCGUGUGUUUAACAUUUUAUCCACUAUGGAUCAUUGAGUUCAUUCAGAUAUUGUUAAACAUUGAUAGCGAUCAAGAAUUGUUUUGUAAGUUGAGUCGUUCUACGAUCUGGUCUUUGCUGGUUGCCUCAGUGGCGACACUCCUCGCAAUUACUGUUGAUCGUUAUCUGUUUAUCGUAAAACCUCUGAAAUAUCCUUUGAUUGUAACACGUCGAAGAGUCUUCCUGGCAAUCUCUGGCAUUUGGCUAACCACUUGUUGUCUUUACACUAUAUUUCAUGUCCAGUACAAAAGAUUUGACAAUAGAAUCAAAAGAUUUCCACUGCAGGUUAUGUGGAUGGCUUUAAAGAGUACAUCAAAAAAGAUACCGAGUUAUACUUUCUUGUUCUACACGAUUUAUAUAUUUGGGACUUCAGUUAUUAAUCCAUUCGUUUAUGGAGCACUGGAUAAAACAAUAUUUUCCUUUUUUAAACAAUGUCGAAAAAUGCAAGUCCCCUUGCCAAGCUUGGGCGAAAGGCGACAAAAAACAGAGGUUUAUGAGACUCAUAUUAAUUUAGACAGUAGACAAAGACAUGAGCAUGCAGUCAUCUAG